GACUUUCUGGUUGGAUGACUGUAGGGACUGGGGAGCCGUAUAUGCAGCACAAAGAGAUAAAAGAGGCACAGGGUACCAAGACCGCUGCACAGGGCGUUGAACAUGCCAUUGCUGGCACUAGUACCUAUGUCGUUGUUACUGAUGAGGAUGUGGAAGAUCUCAAAGAAGCAAUCAAGGAUGAUAUGCAAUCGUUCUACAUGCAGGUAUCUACCCUCUGCUGUUUGGAAGCAUUGCUGUAAUUUCCGAGAACUCCGCAAGUUAAUAGUCCUGUUAGUGGUAUAGGCAUAGGCCCUCCACACAAAUAAGACAUAAUGAAA